UUCAUAUUCCUUCAGAAUGGUCAAACUCCAAAUACUGUUGAAUGCGCUCCUAUGCGCCAUCGCCAACGCCUUAGCCACCAACAUCACCUUUGCAAAGAACUUUGCCACCGAGCAAUUGAAUCUCGAAUCCCCAUACUUCGAUCUCUCCCACUUUGGAUACUACGGGGGCCAACUCCCCAAAGUCUAUGGACUGAACCAAUCCAGCCAAGGCGUGGAGUACCUCGCCGAAGAAAGCUACACCGAAUUUCAAAAGAUCAUGUCUGGCACGAACAACGCCAGUGCCGAGUUCCUCGCUCAGCAGGAAAGCCUUUGGUCCAGCAUGAAGCGAUCCACUACCAACUCCAUCAGCAUGUUGUUGCGAAAUGCCGCCGGUGAAGGCAAUGCGUACGCUAUCACGGCGGAUCACACAGUCUGUCAUACAGGAAGUGAAGCUCCCUGGCAUUAUGUGACGGUCUAUUGGGUCAAAGAGGCGUAUAUUACCUUUUGGAAGAGCACCAAAUGUAAUGGUCACAAGGGCAGUUUUAACCCUGUGUGUGAUUACUAUGAUGAUCCCUCAGAGGUCUGUGUGUUUAACUUUAAGCCGCAAUCGUUCCGCGUGUACUCGGGUUGUCAUCAUUCGUAUGGGUGGGGGAAGGGCUGUUCUGAUCAUACUUUGUGA